AAUAUUUUAAAACUGGAAAACGUUUUCUUUCCGUCGCUCCUUUGAAGAUUGUUGACGACGCCAGCAGGUAGUCGUUGAUAAAUAGCGCACACACCUGUAACUUUUUAGACGCCAAGGGUUAGUUGAAUGUACCUGCACAAGCACACAGCAAGAAACUUACCUCAACAAUUUGCUAGGAUAAAUCAUUCCAUAACUGAGGAAGAAGGAACACGGCACAAAACGGAAAGUUCUGGACAGACUGAGGAUGCCUAACACCCGGAUGAGCGCGAUAGCAGAAAAAUCAUGUUGGAUCGAGAGAGAUGGGUAGACUCGGUCCAGCAUUAUCCGCUGGUAAAUGCAUGUGUGUGUGACGAACGAAAGACUUCAAACCCCGCUUGCCCCGUAUUUCAUCCAUAAUUUUUCGUCACACGCACACACCUCUACACGGGCGGCGGUUUGCCGUCCAAAAUCUAGAGAGAGAAGACAGGGCCUCUCGCUUUGGCACACAGAAAAACCUCUCAACAACUUCGGCUCUGCUACUUGGGUCCACCACACAGCGUGUAUCGCCAAGUGCGUGGCUGUGUGUAGUAUCACCGUGGACUGCAGAAAACUACCUGCACUAGAACAGAGCGCUGGUGUGGCCAAAUGUGUGCAUGUGUGUACUUGCUCCACUGAAAGCCGGUAUCGCACCAGAUUUCGGGUGUCGCCUUGUGCGUGUGUGUGUGUUAUUGUCACAGCACACUCGUUCGUCAUUUUUUUCGUUUUUUCGCUUGAGCCACUCGAUUUCGUUCUUCGCUGAUUUUGGCAGCGCACGAAGGGGGUUCGGUUUCAACUUCCAACAACAACAACCACACGAGGAGGCUCGGGGACACUCAUCAGGGGAAAAUCGCUCAAAUUAGAGCGAGAGACAGAUAGAAAAAACGAAAGGUCAAUAUAAAAUCUUCGGCUUUUGACUGUUGGGCAUCCUCCUGCGUAUCAAUGUAAUAGUCGUAAUAGGAAUAAAUAUAAUAUAAUACAAUAGAACACAAAAGUGGCGACGAGGAAAAGAGUUUGUUUUUUUUUUAUGAUUUUAACGAAUUUUAACGUGUUACGUGCUUAAGGAACAUUUGUGUUUUAUUUAUUUGAUUCCGUAUUAUCGUGUUCGUAUUGUGCGCGUGUUUUAUAAAAUCGGUUCACCACGUCGAAAACGUCGGAGGAUGGAGACUAGUGAUAUGAACAUUGGUGAUACAUUCGCGGAUGCCGAAUCACGCCGAUUGUCUCUAAAUCGGAUCAACGGAGCUGGUUCAGCGGUUCAGCCCAACGUACAAGGUGCUUUCGCUGCUCAGGACGCGGCUUUCCAAGCCCAACGAGAGGGACUGUCGGGUCAACGCCCGGCGUACAUCCAGCCGCCAUCGCAUCCAGGAGCACCAACGCCAUCGCAGCCAGCAGCCCCGCUGCCAUCGCAGUUCGGCGCAACUAGCGACAACUAGCACCGAUAAUGCAACGAUUGUGCAAAUGCUGAUUCUACUUCAACAACAAAUGGCCCAGCAACAACAAUUCAUCAACGAGUUUAUGCAUCAGCGGGUACUAAGCCAAAGCGCCGCGCCGCCCAGUUUUCAUCCCGAAUCAAAUAAUUGAUUCCCUUUCUCGUAAUAUUACAGAAUUCCGGUACGAGAAAGAUGCAGGAAUCACAUUUAAACAAUGGUAUUCGAGGUAUGUGGACUUGUUUCAGAACGACGCAGCAAGAAUCGAAGAUCCUGCCAAAGUUCGACUGAUGUUGCGGAAACUGGGUACGGCCGAGCACGAUCGUUUUCUAUCUUUUAUCCUGCCCCGUCGUCCGUCCGAUUUUUCAUUCAAUGAAACGGUAGAGAAGCUAUCAGCGCUUUUCGACGACCAGGAGACACUGCUCAGCAAACGCUUUAAAUGCCUUCAGAUGACCAAGAAGCGGACAGAGGAUCACUUGGUCUACGCAUGUCGCAUCAACAAAUCUUUAGUGGAUUUCGAGCUUGGCAAGCUCAGCGAAGAAGAUUUUAAAUGCUUGUUGUUUGUGUGCGGCCUGAGGGACGAGGACGAAGCUGAUCUGAGAACGCGACUCCUGGCUCGUAUUGAAGAUCGAACCUGCACAACCCUUCAGCAGCUGUCCAUCGAGUGUCACCGUUUAGAGAAUCUAAAGAGGGAUAGCGCGAUGAUCGAGGGUCCUUUACCGGAGCGAGUAUUAACUGUCAACACUCGCCAACUACAGAGUUUAUCCGGCACAGGCAUUCCUAAGAAUCCAUGUUGGCUGUGCGGAGACCGUCACUGGAUGCGAGAAUGUACCUACCACACACACCGAUGUGAAAUGUGCUCGCGAAUCGGUCAUAAAGAGGGUCAUUGCAAAACAGCAGCCCGUCGCACGCCAAAUACGCGUUUCACCCAGCACGUAAGAACGCAAAUGAUCUCAGUAAACGUCCGUAAUGUACAGCAACGGCGUAAAUUCGUGACAGUUGUGAUAAACGGCACUCCAAUCCAACUGCAGCUCGACACGGCAUCAGACAUCACAAUGAUCGACCGGAAAACUUGGCAGCACGUAGGUAGUCCUAAACUAAUACCCUCGCCGAUGAUUACUCACACAGCAUCGGGUGCUAACCUAACACUGGACGGGUAUUUUAUGGGUAGCGUUAGUGUUGCCGACCAAACCAAGAUUGUCCAGAUUUUCGUCACUUCAGCAUGCCUGCUUCUUCUUGGUUUGGAUCUGAUAGACAUUUUUUCACUAUGGUCAUCUCCCAUUGAUACAUUCUGCUGCCAGCCCGAAGACGUAUGUACCACAAAUUUUGGCAAUAUAGAUCCGCCGUCACGUCUGAAACACACGCACGCCAAGCCAGCAAAAAAUUGCGUGAUCGCAAGCUCGGAAACAGACGUCAAGUCAAUAAUGGUCAAUACGCAAGAGAUAAUGCUUAUUAAUUUUGCGGAGGUAACGAGGGAAACAGAAAAGGAUCCGUUACUACAGAUGGUCGAACAUUACAUUCGCAAAGGAUGGCCUGAAAACAGAACGUAUACAGGCGAACUGGCACGAUAUUAUGAUAGAAAAGAUCGCUUGUCAAUCGGCGGUGGAUGUCUUCUUUUCAGCGGAAGGGUGGUAGUGCCCAGAGCACUGCAACAACGCUGUCUUCAACAAUUGCAUAAUGCACACUCAGACAUCAUCAACAUAAAGGCCUUAGCUCGCAGUUAUUUCUAUUGGCCAUCCCUAGAUGUAGACAUCGAUAACUGGGUUUUUACACCAGCAAUCCUGGUGCAAUUUUAAGACAGGAACCACACCGGUCUUCUAGUCUUAGAAGACCGCCCAUUAGGUUCGGUGUUUAUAGAUGUUGUUCAUAAAGAAGGGGAGAUGUUGGAUGCAUUACAAGCGGGGCAAUCACCCAGCCAACAAUUUCCGAAGGCGCCCCGUGUAAAAAAUUUUUACUUUAAGCUUUCCUUAAGUUUUUACACUAGCAGCAGCUAAAGUAAAAACUUUCAGCACGGCACAAACCGACGCACACAUUCAAAUGCUUGGAUUGCUGGUCCUGCUUACGCAUACAUUUGUAUUUAUCCCUCCCCUUAUAUUUUCGGAUUGCUGGUUGUAGUAGUGACGCUUUUUCUUUUUGCUUUAUGCACAUUUUCGCAUGCUAUUUAUUGGUGUUACUCUUUCCACAUGCGUUUUGGCACACUCACACUCUGUAUACGGCAGGAUGCUUCACCCCUUCCAAAUGCUGCGGUUGCUUUCUAUUACCCUUCCUCUCGUUCUUCCUUCUACCCUCUGCGCUAGGAUAUCCUCGACUGGUGCGGCGCGUGUUCAGCCGGCGCCUGUCUGGAAAUGACGUCACGGACUGGUGCUGCGCAUGUUUAGCCGUAUCCUAGGCGUCCUUGAAGUGCGCUCUUCUACGAA